AUGGCUUCCUUGAUCCCAACAGAAGUGGUAGGGUCACUCCCUCGUCCUAUGGCUCUUCAGCAGGCUUUCGCAAAGUAUGACAAGGGCGAGAUCGAUCGCGACGCCUUGGUCGCAGAACAAGACAAGGCCGCCAAAGACUCUGUCCAGCGCAUGGAAGAGACCGGCGAGCAGCUUGUGACUGACGGCGAGCAACGCAUCAGUUCCUUCGCGACAUACCCCAUCAUCGACACACUAGGAGGCGGCGGACUGGCAGACAAUCUCAAGCCUGACGGACAGUACUUCGCGAUCUUCGACGACGGUCACCAUCGACAGCUUCCUCGCCUGACGUCUGGCCCGUUCAAGUACAGAAACUGGUCAGCAGACUACUUCGCGAAAAGCAAGCCGUUCGCUCAGAAGCGUGGCAUGAAGACUGCAGUGAUUGCUCCCAGCAUGUUGUACCUCCUCUACCCGCUCAAGAGAGAAGUUGAAGGCUAUCCCAAGGAGAAGUUCCUCGAAGACCUUGUCAACGAAUGCGAGAAGGACAUCCGCAAGUGCUUUGAAGCGGGUGCGCAGCGUGUGAGCAUCGAUUUCACCGAAGGUCGUCUCGCCGCUCGUAACGAUCCGAAGAAUCCAUGGACUGGUGCUCAGUUGUUGCAGACGUUUGUCGACAUCAACAACAGGGUGCUAGGUCGUUUCAGUGCUAACGAAAGGACCAACAUCGGGAUUCACACCUGCCCUGGAGGCGAUUGCGACUCGACGCAUAGUGCGGAUGUCGAUUAUCAUGAGCUGCUGCCGAAGAUGUUCGAGAUGAAUGCCGGAUACUUCUUAAUCCAGUGUGCGAGCGAGCCGGACAAGGUGAAGGUGUACAAGGAGAUUGGGGAGGUCAUUCGCAAGGAUGCAAAAGGCGUGAAACAGGUCGCCUUUGUCGGCUUCGUCAAUCCCCAAAGCCCAGAUGUCGAGACUCCAGAGCAGAUUCGCGAUCAGAUCCUCGAAGCCGCAAAGUACAUCGCCGUCGACCAACUUGGUGCUACCGACGAUUGUGGAUUCUCUCCAUUCUCGAUCGACGAGAAGCCGAAGCACGGUAGCCCCGAUUUUGCCAGAGACAUUGCGUUCCAGAAGAUUGCGAACCGCGUGAAGGGCGCGGAAAUGGCUCGAGAGCAGCUGAGUAAACAGUAA